CGCUGACCGGAGGUGGGUGACGGAGUGUUACCGACCUCACCACAAUGGCAGAGCUGCUCCUCGACUCCGAUAUAAGAAUAUGGGUAUUUUUCCCCAUAGUUCUGAUCACAUUCCUGUGCGGGAUUUUAAGGCAUUAUGUCAGUGUACUGAUCUCAACGCAGAAGAAGGUGGAUCUUACACAGCUCCAGGAUAGCCAAGCCAUGAUUCGAGCACGGAUGUUGCGCGAGAAUGGGAAAUACAUACCAGAACAAUCUUUCCUGAUGCGUCGACAUUUCUUCAAUAAUGACGAAUCAGGGUAUCUCAAGACAGUAAAGCGUGCAUCAGCCCCUCAACCUAUGACUGACCCUAAUAUGAUGGUAGAAAUGCUGAAAGGUCAAUUGACCAAUAUGCUUCCCAUGAUUGCAAUUGGAGGCUGGAUCAACUGGACUUUCUCAGGAUUUGUUACAACUAAGGUGCCCUUCCCACUGACACUGAGAUUCAAGCCCAUGUUGCAGCGUGGUAUUGAACUCGUUUCCUUAGAUGCCUCUUGGGUAUCGUCUGCAUCUUGGUAUUUCCUCAAUGUAUUUGGUCUGCGGUCCAUUUACACCCUUGUACUCGGAGAAAAUAAUGCUGCUGACCAAGCUCGCAUCAUGGAAGAACAGAUGUCUGGUGCAGCCAUGGCUAUGCCACAGGACCCCAAGGCAGCUUUCAAAGCAGAAUGGGAAGCUUUGGAGAUUGCCGAACACAAGUGGGCUCUCAAAGAUGUUGAAUCCGAUCUUUUACAGAAGGCUGAGGCGGAUUGGAUGUUUAAUGCUCAGUCUUAUGCAAAUACCACCUAAUGGAAAUUAAUUGAAUGAUUCAAAAUAAAAUGUUAAUGUGAUGGAGGUUAAGACGAUAAUUGUUGAUAUGAUUUUACUGACAAUCUUUUUUCAAAAUAUAAACAAUUACCUGUAUUCAUAUCAAGAGCUCUUUGUGUUGGCCGAGGAAAAAUAAAAUGCCGUCUUUACUUAAAAUGUGAAUCCACAGUAAGGGUGAAUCAGGAAAUGUGUACGAAGUGAUGAAUAGAUGAAUGUAAACUAGAAGAUUAAGAUAGUAGGAGUACAGGAAUGAAGAGCAAUUUAAUAAAAGAGAAUGUUUUUGUAUUUUAUGGUUAUUGCUAACUUGAUAAUGUUUGGUGAAGUUUUUCAUUAUGAAUGUAGCUCAACCAAAUACUUUCAUGUUGGAAAAGGUAAGCAUCUCGUGGUUUAUUACAUUCAUUAAUCGGUAAAAAUAUUUCUACUAUCUAAUAGACAAUACCUGAUGCAGUAUAUGAAAAGCUGUAAUAUAUGGCCUACAAUUUAUGCAAUGGUUACUCUGAGUCUUUUAAUUUUGCACUUAUGAAUAUCUAAAUUUUCAUGUUAAUAAAAUGUGGAUAUUAAUUAAAAAUGGGGGUCUAGAUAACCCCCACCCAAGAGGCCAUUGCUUCAGAUGUUUGAGGUUUUUAUUACCAAUAGAUUGUUAAUGUCUUUUCUUAAUCAUGGUGAUAAAAUUUCAAAUGUUUAAUGUAAAUUUAAAUGUGUGUAUGUACCUGUAUAUUCAACAUAAAGUCCUAAAAGAUUCAAA